AUGUCGAGCAAUGCGCCUGCCAAGACUCCUGCUCCUCCACCUUCCUCUGCUCCUCCAUCACCACCCCCUAGCUCCGCCCCUGCUCCUCCUCCUGCCCCAUCCAGCGCACCGCCACCAGCCCAGUCGUCUGCACCACCCGCACCACCGCCAUCCUCCAACAACAAUGCGCCCCCGAUUAGCACCGUCACCGCUGCACCAGCCCCUACCUCGACAGACGUCUUCACCUCGGUCGUAGUCAUCACGUCGGCCACGGCUCCAGGCCUGCCUCCACAGGUCAUCACCAUCACGUCUACCAUCAGCUCACCAGCCAACACCGCUGCACCCCCUAACGGAGCAUCCGCCAGCGGCGGCAGCGCCAAACCAACCACCACCGGCACCACUGGCCUGCAGGAUGCACAAAAGGAAGACAGUGGUGGUCUUUCCACUAGCGGCAAGACUGCCAUUGCUGUUGUCAUUCCCAUUGUCAUCGUCGCCCUGCUAGUACUCGGCGGCAUCUUCUUCUGGCGGAAGCGCAAGCAGCGCAAAAGCGCAGAGGACGAGCGCAGGAAAGAGGUGGAAGAAUAUGGCUUCAACCCUAACCAUGACCCAACCCUGCCUGCCGUCGGUGGUCUCGCCAUGGCUGAGGAUGAGAGUGGUUACCGAGGAUGGGGCAACACCACCACCAGCUCCAACCGCAAAAUGUCAACCACUAUGACCUCUGGCAUGACCUACUCGGAUAGCAAUAGCAACCCCGGCGGAUACGCUGCACCCCACUCGCCAACCGGAAUCUACUCUGACGCCCAAUCCAAUGACCCCUUGAUGGACGGACGCCGCCAAACUAUGGAUUCUGAUGGCAUUGGUGCGCUUGGUGGUGCCGCCGCCGGCGCUACAGCCGCAAACUCUGCCAACAACCAGAGUGGUGUGCACCGCGGCCCAUCCAAUGCCUCGUCAUCAUACUCAGCUGCCGAUCAUUCAGACCAUUCGGGCGAUUAUCCUGGCAUGGCUGGCAAUCAACAGCAUGAUUACUACGGUAACCAGGAGUACUACCAGCCCGGUCCAUACGGUUCCAACGACCCCUACGGCGGCCAACAACAACAGCCCAUCAUAAGAGAUGUAUCUGCACGACGAAACACAAGAAUCGAGAACCCAAGUGUGUUCCCCCAUCAAGGGAACUCUGGUAUCGCUCAAAACUUUUAA